CUCUAUAGUGGAAUAGCAACCCUAACAACAUGUUCAUAUGCCAUUUUGGAGAAGAUGUCCCUACCAAAUGACAGCCAGUUUCACCCACCCUCCUUCCUACUGCUGGGAAUCCCAGGACUGGAAAACAUCCACAUCUGGAUCGGCUUUCCCUUUUGUGCCGUGUAUUUGAUUGCGCUCGUUGGAAACUUCACCAUCUUGUUUGUGAUCCAGACUGAGCACAGCCUCAACCAGCCCAUGUUCUACUUCCUGGCUAUGCUGGCUACCAUUGACCUGGGCCUGUCCACAGCCACCAUCCCGAAGAUGCUCGGCAUAUUCUGGUUCAGCCUCAAGGAGAUACUUUUUGAUGCCUGCCUCACUCAGAUGUUUUUCAUCCACAUCUUUACUGGCAUGGAAUCUGUAGUCCUCCUUGCCAUGGCUUAUGACCGCUAUGUAGCUGUUUGUAACCCUCUUCGCUAUAGCACAAUCCUUACUGACAAGAUAGUAUCUCUCAUUGGUUUUGGAGUAAUGGGGAGAUCUUUCCUCUGUGUAUUCCCCCUUGUAUUUCUCAUCCUGAGAUUACCUUUCUGUGGGCACUAUGUCAUCCCCCACACCUACUGUGAGCACAUGGGUCUUUCUCGCCUGGCCUGUGCCAGUAUCAGGGUCAACAUUAUAUAUGGGCUGGUAACCAUUGCUAUCUUGGGGUUUGACAUCACGGCCAUUGCCCUUUCCUAUGUCCAGAUUCUCUAUGCUGUUUUCCGUCUUCCCUCCUAUGAGGCCAGACUCAAGUCUCCCGGUACCUGUGGUUCCCAUGUCUGUGUAAUUUUAGCAUUUUACACUCCAGCCUUCUUCUCUUUUAUGACUCACCGCUUUGGCCGAAAUGUUCCCCGUUACAUCCACAUCCUUCUGGCCAAUCUGUAUGUAGUUAUUCCACCUAUGCUGAGCCCUGUCAUUUAUGGAGUCAGGACUAAGCAGAUCCGUGAAAGAGUGCUCAGAAUAUUUCUUCAGAAAUAA